UUAGGAGAGGGACUGACAGGAACAAACGUCGCAACUCUUCGUAACCGUACACUGCAUGCGACGUCUCCUCCUACGACCUGUACGCCUCCCUUUCCGAUACGUCCUGCAGCAACGACAAGCUCCCCUCCCCCCUCUUCGCACGUUGUCCUCGCUGCUCGAUACCAUCGCGAUCCGCAUCGCGGCAUCGAGUCACAUUCCGGCUUAGAGGGUUCGAGCAUCGGGAUGAGCACUGCCGUGCCCGAGCCCAUCUCCGAGGAGACGCCUUUCCCUCUGACCGACGUAGAUAGAUGGGUGCUGUCACUGACUGAUGAGGAGUACCAAUAUCACGAUUGGGAGGAAAUGAAAACGAUUGUCGGCAAGAAUGACCUUUCCGUCCUCAAGCGAAAGCCUUCUGAUCUGCGCCGAUACAUGAAAUGGACGGCCGAGACGAAGGCGGAAUAUGGCUCCAUGGCCAACUACCUCAUCAAACAUCGACUUCCCAAGGCCUGGGGCUCUCCUCCUUUCACGCCGGCGUCGCCCGUUCCCUUCCGCGACCCUUCUGACUACCGAGUCUUGAUCAACGACUGGCCGUACGGAUUAACCCCGAAUUUGACCCACAUAGUUGUCUGGUCGAGAACGGCUAUCGAAACAGACACAGAGACCGGCGACGUGACCCCCCAAUCUCGUCAGCUCAUUGCCAGUUUUGUCAAGAGGUUCUUCGCUGAUAGGCUAGGCCCGGACGGCAGCGAGAGAGUCCUGUGGUUUAAAAAUUGGGUUGCAUUGCAAAGUGUCAGAGCCUUGGAACACAUCCACGUUGUCGUCAAGGAUGCCGAUAAGGGUGUCCUGGAGGAAUGGACGGAGGAGCUUGACUGUCAUAAAUUGUCGAGAUAGGGCUUGGCGUGGACUCGACCUCGCAAGCCGAGGACACUUGACGUAGAGAUUAUCGCAUGGCAGGUCUCUAGGCUGCUCGUCGUUGUUUCCUGUUGCCCGUGACUGGUGACCCAGAUGACGUCGAACAUGUACUCGGUAAACCCGGGGGCUGCCAGGUCUUCGCCGGCGGUCCGCAUGGCCUUGGUCGAUGGAUCGUAUCGCGGCCGCCCGGUCGACUCUAAGACGAACUCGCAGAU